CCCAGCUCCCCGGGACUGGCUGCGCGCCCGGGCCCGGCCCGGGCCCUGCGGGGGGCGGCGGGGCCGGUGCGGGGGGCGGCGGGUGUGCCAUUGCACACUUCCUGCGGUCUGUGCGACCGGCGCCGGUUUCCGGUGGCUGAUAGGAGCCGGAGCCCGCCGCUGCCUCCCCCGGCGCGGAGCAGCGUCGCGCAGGGCAUCGCACACGCACUGCGGGGGGGGGGCGGAGGAGGAGGAGGGACCUGAGCAGCCCCCCCCCUCCCCAGCCCCCGAGCACUAUCACAGUAACAUCCCCCCCCCUAGUGCGAUGCAGGCGAUAUCGCACAGCCUCCCGCUUCGCGCUCUCACCGACAGGCACCUGCAGGUGAGCAGCAAGCAUGAUCUUAGCAACACGCAACUUUGAGUGCCAGGACCCUGUGCUCUGAACCACAUCUUCAGCUGACUUCCCAGUGGUGAGGCACUGUUGAUUGAUUCUGUACCAUGGAGGACUGCCUUCACACCUCCUCUGAAAACCUCUCCAAGCUCGUGAGCUGGGCCCACAGCCAUGGCACCAUCUGCAGCCUCAUUCCUAACCUCAAGCACCUACUCUCCGAGGGGACCCAUGGCAACCUGACAGCCAUGUGGGGCUGCAGCGCCGGCCACGCCUACCACUGGCCUCUGGCUGCCACUUGUCGGGCUGGCUCCCAGGAGCGUGUCUGCUUCCAGGACAGCCGCAGCUUCAACUCGGACAGCCCCAGCAUGCUGGGGGUGCCCUCGGAGGCGCAGGCCAGCCCGCUGGAGCGCUACCCAAACAGGACAGGGAAGGCCAAGCUGGACUGCACCCGCACCCGUGACUCCUGCGACUUCUCCUACUGCAGCGAGCCGUCUGAGCUGGGUGAGCCUGUGGAGGAGUAUGAGGAUGAGGCCACCCUCUUUGACAUGGUCUGCGAGUCUUCUGUCACUGACGAGGACAGCGACUUUGAGCCGCAUCCUCACCGGGCCCCCGCCGGCCCCCGCAAGCGUCCGGCUGCUGGGCUGCCCGCCGCUGCCCAAGCACAUCCCGCCGAUGACGGCGGCGGUGAGGUGCUCCUCAAGAAGAUCAAGCAGGAGCUCCCUGAGGACUACUACAUAGUGGCCAACGCUGAGCUGACGGCUGGCGCUGAUGGGCCAGCCCUGGCCCUAACGCAGAUGUCCAAGCCCAAGCCGCAAGUGCAGGCCGGGCCCUCCUGCCUGGGGCCUGCCCGGGCCCUGCCCCAGCCGGCCGUGGGCCCUGACCCCGAUCCGCAGCGCCUCUCCGCCUCCCCGCCCGGCGCCCUCCGGCAGGCCACGCAGAGAGCGCCCCGGGGCCCCCUGGCCUCCCCAGCGCGGGGGCCAGGCGGAGGCCCUGCUGCUGCCCUGCAGGUGCCGGCCACCAGCUCCAACACCACUGCUCCCGCCGGGAAACCCAUCAGCAUUCCCCUCUCGGCCCUGCAGCUGCCUGGUCAGGAGGAGCCGCCGAGCACCGAGGAGACCCUCCCACCUGCCCCGCAGCUGGCCCCGGGUGUGGAGGUGGCCAGCUCGCCCUCAGUGAGUGCCGAGCCUGAGGUCAGCUCCAGCCAGCAGCAGCCCCACGCCGCACCUGCAGCCACCCCCGAAGCAGCGGUGCAGCUGAUGCCAGACCAGGAUGAGAGAGCAGCAGAGCUGAGCAGGGAGCAGAACGAGAAGACCAUUCGCAGCACGCAGACAGCUCUCCGCAAUUUCCGAGAGUUCCUCAUCUCCAAGUACCCCUCUGAGACCAGGGAGAUUUAUGUCAUCCCCUGCAAAGAGCUUGAUGCCUACCUUGCUUCCUUCUUUGUGGAUGCCAGACAAAAAGAUGGGUCUGAAUACGAGCCUAACAGUCUGGCCAACUAUCAGUGCGGGCUGGAACGGUAUCUCAAAGAGCACAGGUACGGAUACAGUAUUACAAGGGAUAAGGAGUUCAAGAGGUCCCAGGAAGCUCUAAAGCAAAAGCAGAUUGAGCUGAGGUGUAAAGGAAAAGGAAACAAGCCACACAAAUCCAUGAAGCUCACCUUUGCUGAUGAGCUUAUCCUGCGCAAAAGAGGCUUACUGAGCCGGUACAAUCCCGAAGGACUGCUGAACCUUGUCUGGCUAAACAACACAAAGGCAUUUGGACACUGCACAGGGUUCCACGGGUCCACCCUCAAGUGGGGAGACAUUCGUCUGCGCGUGACGGAGACCGGGUUGGAGUACCUGGAAUGGAUGGGGCCAGACAACGGAGACGUCAAUGCCAAGAGCAAGCGAGGCGGGACGGACUCGCGGGUGUACGCCACCCAGCACUCCCCGCAGACCUGCCCCGUGCAGGACUACAAGGAGUACGCGCAGAGGCGGCCUCCCGCCAUGCGCUACGAGGAUGCACCUUUUUACCUGUCCAUCAAGCCCGUCGUCAACCUGGCCGCGCUGCACUGGUACAACUGCCAAGCCCUGGGGAAAAACAAGCUCGCCAAGAUGGUAAAGACCAUGUGCGAGAAAGGCAACAUCCCAGGACGGAAGACCAACUUCAGUGUCUACCAGAGCUGUAGCACCCUCUCGGAAGCGCAGAGCAACCAGCUGGUGCUGAUCUGCAAUAACUUGAGCCAGCAGGCUGCCCAGUCCAUGGCAAGCCACUCCAAUACUGGAAACUUCAUUGUGUCAGCAUCCUAUGACUCUUCCUCUGACACGGCUUGAAGGAGAGAGACCGCCUGGAAACUUC